ACGUCUCCACUGUCAUGGGGGGCGGAGACCUGAAUCUGAAGAAGAGCUGGCACCCGCAGACCCUCCGCAAUGUGGAGAAAGUGUGGAAAGCCGAGCAGAAGCAUGAGGCGGAGCGGAAGAAGAUUGAAGAGCUCCAGCGGGAGCUGCGAGAGGAGAGGGCCCGGGAAGAGAUGCAGCGCUACGCGGAGGAUGUUGGCGCUGUCAAGAAAAAAGAAGAAAAACUGGAUUGGAUGUACCAGGGUCCUGGUGGAAUGGUGAACCGCGAUGAGUAUUUGUUGGGGCGUCCCAUUGACAAAUAUGUUUUUGAGAAGAUGGAGGAGAAGGAGGCAGGCUGUUCUUCUGAGACUGGACUCCUCCCAGGUUCUAUCUUUGCCCCUUCGGGUGCCAAUUCCCUCCUUGACAUGGCCAGCAAAAUCCGGGAAGACCCACUCUUCAUCAUCAGGAAGAAGGAGGAAGAGAAGAAAAGAGAGGUAUUAAAUAAUCCUGUGAAAAUGAAGAAAAUCAAAGAAUUGUUGCAAAUGAGUCUAGAAAAGAAGGAGAAGAAAAAAAAGAAGGAGAAGAGAAAGAAGCACAAGAAGCAUAGACGCCGAAGCUGGAGCAGCAGCAGCGAGCGGCCCAGCAGUGAGGAGGAGCGCAGCCGGGGGAGAUCUCAAAAGAAGACGGCUAGUUCCUCCCCCGUUUUGUCCAAAGCUGCAGCUGCUGGUUAUGGCUUACAGGUCAGGGACUCCAACCACAGCCAGAGGCUGCAGGGUCCUUUGAUGGUCGAGCCAAAGGGAGCUCAUGGGUUGAAGAACCAUUCCAGGUCCAGAAGUGCCUCCCACUCACCCCCCAGACAUGGCAGCAAAAAGAGCCCCAGGGAAGCAGGGUCACGGGACAGGAGGUCUCAGUCCCCAAGGCCCAGCAAACCGCACAACUCUAAGGUAAACAGGAGAGAGAGAGGCCGAACUAAGACCCCAUCACCUAAAAAAGAGGUCUACCAGAGGAGGCACGCGCCCGGAUACACCAGAAAACUCUCAGCAGAGGAACUAGAGCGAAAACGGCAAGAGAUGAUGGAGAAUGCCAAAUGGCGGGAGGAAGAGAGGCUGAACAUUCUCAAGAGGCACGUGAAGGAUGAAGAGCGGGAGCAGAGGCUGGAGAAACUAGAUUCCCGAGAUGGAAAGUUUAUCCAUCGAAUGAAGCUAGAGAGUGCAUCUACUUCCUCCCUGGAGGACCGGGUGAAGCGCAAUAUCUACUCUCUACAGAGAACCUCAGUAGCUUUGGAGAAGAACUUUAUGAAAAGAUGA